CCCCACUUAUUAUUAUUAUUAUUCGCCUGAUUCCUUCUUCUUUACCUUUUCUAAAAAAAUCUCCACCUUCAAACCCUAAUUACUUGCAAAAACAAAUGGAUUUUAAAUCCGACAUUGAUCUCAUACAUCACGGCGAAGAGGAUCAUCAUGAUCAUGAUCAUGAUGAUCAAGAUCAUGAUCAGAAGAAGCCAAUUAAAAUGGGACGAGGAAAGAUCCAGUGCAAGAUGAUUGAGAACCAGACGAACAGGCAAGUGACUUAUUCGAAACGACGAAAUGGGAUAUUCAAGAAAGCUAGCGAGCUCUCCGUCCUCUGCGACGCCAAGGUCUCCAUCAUCAUGAUCCCUCGCAACGCCACCAGAGUGCACGAGUUUUGCACCCCUGGUUCCUCGACUAAGGAGAUGCUCGACAGGUAUCAGAGAGCCAAAGGGAUCGACGUGUGGAAGACUCUUUAUGAGAAAAUGCAAAAAAACUUACGGGAACACAGAGAGAAGAACGACGAACGUAAGAGAGAGAUCAGGCAGAGAAUGGGUUAUGAUCUGAGUGGUCUGAACUGGUUUGAGCUGCGUGAUCUUGAAGACAGUAUGUCAUCUGCAGUGGAAGCUAUACGUGAGAAAAGGAAACACAAGAUCAAAACUCAAACCGAUACAACCAAGAAGAAGGUAAAAAGCUUGGAGGAUAGAUACUUUCGUCUUCUCCAUGAGAUCCACAGCGUGAGGAUUCACCAUACGGGCCAAUGUAUCAGGAAAACAUUGGCGGCGGAUAUGAAUCUGAUAACAUCGGCCAAUGGGGCAUCCAGUCUUUCCGCUUUCCGCCACCACAACCAUCACCAGAGUUGUCGCUCUAAUGCCAUUCACAAUGGACCAACUCUCUUCCUAAGUACUCUAUUUAGUAGUAAAGUAGUGGUGUGUACUAUAACUUUCUUAGCGUUGCAUCCUUUUUUAGUUAAACUCUAAUUAGUCGUCUACUUAGACGCUGGACUCCCUCUAACCUUGAUGCAAAAUAUGCAUUAUGUCAUGUUAGUAUUGUUUGGUAUAUGCUAAAUGCUGACACUAAUUAGUGAUCUCUCUAUC